AUGGAAAGAGAUCUCGAUUUUUGUACUCGUACUGGACGUACGAUUUCACAGAAAACUAUGGAAGAUGGUAAUAUAUCAAUUCCAAGAGAUAAUAAAAAUAAAAACAGUGAAGAAACGUUAUGUCCGUUGUAUGGCGAUCGGGAUUCUACCAUAACAGCAAACGGACACGACUUCGCAGGCGAACAGUCCAGUCCAACCGAAAAAGCAUUUGAGCCACGGAGACAUAGUGUUGACACUUCCCAUGAAGACAAGUUUAAAAAGCGCAUCAACCCAUUGAGAAUUCACCUUGGCAAGAGACCCUUUGUUGACAAUUCAGUUCCCUAUAAUAAUCUGUGUAAAAAGAAAAAGCCACUAACAGUGAAACAUAAUGAUCCAAAUGUUAAAAGAGUUAGUGCACAAAGAGUCCCUAAGCUCAUACCAAAACGCAUAGAACACAAUAAGUUUCACAAUAUUACAGCCCAUUUGGACGAUAAUGAAAAAGAUAAACCUGUUCCCCGCCUUGUACCGAAAAGUCAAUUAUCUCAAUUUAAAAAGAGCAAGGUUGAAAAGAGCCCCCAGUUGAAGGAUUAUGCGCAGAGUUUAGGUUUACAGCCAAUGGUUAAGUUCAAAUGUAGAAAGUGCUGUUGUAUGUCAUUCAAGACUCUAGCUAUGUUAAAAGAACACCAGUUGGUUUGCCGAGCUCAAGCUAAAGAACCUGCCCUUAGUCCCGAAGGUGUUACCACUACUGAAUCUAAUGUGAGUGGUCCGUCAAGAGUGACUCGUAAAGUUUAUUUAUGUUCUGCGUGUGGCACAUAUUAUGAAAAUUGGAAUCUUUUUUUGCACAUGAGGGAAGUACAUAAUAGACAUAUUUGUCUUUUUUGUUUAGGAAUGUUUUCAAAGGCAGAAAAGUUAUCACUACAUUUAACUAAUAAACAUAAUGUACAAGAGUAUAAUUACAAUAGCAAAGAAGAGUUUUGUGAUACAUAUAAUGGAAGUUUCUAUGUAAUGUGCUGUCUUUGUGAUGAGAUAUGCACUGAGAAAGAUGACUUCUUCAAUCAUGAUUGCAAUAAUGUUAAACCUAAGCCAGUACCAGUUCUUAUCAGUAAAAAUUCACUCAAGCCAAAUAAUAUUAAGAAUUUUAGAAAUACAAAUGAAAAUGGGCCAUUAUUAAGGGAUUCAUCAAACUGUAGCAGUUAUGAGAAAAAAGAUUACAACGAAGAUAAAAAUGAUGUAAUUGCAACACCACCUUUAAAGACAAUAGCUAGUAGUAGUAUUCAUAGUAAUUGUGAAACAGCUAAAGAAUUAAAUUAUAGUUCCACAAGUUCUAGCACAGACAGUAAAGAUGCAAGUAAUCAUUUAGAAUGUUCACAAGAAAUAGAAAAGCAACAUACAAAGCCAAGUAGCCCCAUUAUCACAAAUAUAGAAAGUGCUUCUGCUCUACCCACUUCAAAUGGAGAAGAAAAUAUUGAAAAGAACUUGCUUGAAAGUGAUAAUUCACCUCAAGCUAAUAAUAUUCAGGAGCCACUUAAACUAAAACCAGAAGAACCGUCAGUAGAGAAGGAAGGUGGAAUAAAACUUAAACUCAGUUUAAAUAAUGCUAAUUCUCCUAUAAUUAUAAAUUCUACAGUAGACCCUACUAUAGGUAAACAGUAUUCACAGAAUAUGACAUACAAGCCACCUUCAAGAAAUAGAAGGCCACCAAAACGUUAUGAAAAAGAGAAGCCUAAAGAAUUAUCCCAGUUCAAAACACCAUCUAUUAAAAUGACCAUUUGUGACAAACCUGAUAGUCCCUUUAUCAAAACUACAUUUUAUGAAAGCAAUAAAGAAACAACUCUUGUAAACAAUAAUAUUGAGGCAACACAUACAAUUGACUCAAAAACUGAAAAUUCUAUGAAAACCACAAUAUAUGAUAAUAACAUAGAUGAAAUAAAUACUUUAAAUAGGGUACCAAAAUUAACAGUAAGAGUUCCUAAAGAGUUUCUUGAUAAAGCUUCAUCAAGUGAUGAUUCAUCUGAUAGUGACAAUAGUGAUAAGUUAAUGGUUGAUGAAAAUAUAGCAAAAGAAGAACCGCAAGAAAAAUUGGAAGUGCCUUUGGAAGAGGAACAAAAGUGUAAUGCAGAUAUAAUGAAUAUGUUAAAUACCCCUAAUGAUAAUUGUGUAAGCAAUGCUGAUGCUGUACCCUUACAGCAAGAUGAAGAAAAAGAUAUGUCAUUAGAAACUAAACCAGCAAACCCAGACAUAAAAUCUGAGCCACAAGAACUGCAGGAUGAAAUAAAUGUUGAGGAGAUUACACCCAUGGACACUACUCCGGCCAUUCAAUUAACUUUAGACAGACCCAUCGACAAAAAUCCUUUGAAAGACCUUUUAAAAGAAUUUUUAGGUUCCACCUAUUUUAAUUGUAUAUACUGCAAUCAUGCACGAAAAAUUGCUGUCAACUGCAAGCAGUUGGCUUUACAUUUGGUGGAAGAACACAAAUUUUCGGCUACAGUUAACAGUAUUACUGCAGAAGAAUUAUUGCCAGAGACCAUUGCAGCUAAGGUUAAAGCUAGGGUUGAAGAAGUUUCAAAAAUAUUUCUUAACUUGGACUCAUAUGAUAGUGAAGAAAAGUGUGAAAAUGUUCAGAGUAGUCUUAAUUUCGAGUGUUUUCAGUGUUAUUUUAAAACUGCUGUUCAUAAGGAUCUCUAUUUACAUAAUCGAAAAAUGCACCAGAAAACUAUAUUACUGUGUGUUAUGUGUAAAAAUAAUUUUUAUACCUUUAGUGAGUUGCUAUGUCAUUUGUGUCCAGGAACAUAUGAUUCUGAAUAUGUAAUUAAGUAUAGGUGUUGCUUUUGUAAUGUAGACUCAAUAUCUUCUUCGUUUAGACUUAUGGUUCAUCUGCGUAAAAUACAUCAUACAUGUGAUGUUUGUCUAGAAUUUUGUCAUAGUCAAGUACGUCUGUCUAACCAUGUUUGGAAACAUAAAUUACAUCAUUACUGUUUUCGUUGUGGCAUUGCGUAUAGGAAUAAACCAGACAUUAAUAAUCAUUUGUUUUGGAAACACGGAACAGAAAGUGUUGUAUGUAAAAAAUGCCUACAGAAAAAAUGGCCUCACGUUUAUCACUUCUGUAACCCUCCUGCUAUGUUUGGAUGUGAUGAAUGCAAUCUACAAUUCACAAAGGCUGUUUGUCUUAAAGUACACAAGAGACUUCACUCCAGCGAAUUCCCUUAUGUGUGUGCAGAAGAAAGUUGUGAGGAAAAAUUUAUAUCAAAGAAAUUAUUACAGAAGCAUAAAGAGGAGCAUACAAAGAAAUUGUUCAUAGAAAAUCUUGAUGAAGAAAAGCCAUCUUUAAAUAAUACUGCUACAGAGGGACCUAAAGAGACUCCUGUCAUUAACUUGGUUGAUAAUGCACCCACAGAAUCAGGUGCAGAACCAACAACUGACCCAGAUAGUGAGCAAACACCAAAAAAGUUGAAGAAAAAAAAACUGAAGGAUAGAGAUGCUUUAAUGAUGGAUGUGAAUCUGCCUGCACUGAAUUUGUCAGAGAGUGAUAGCAGUGACGAAUCUGAUAGUGGACUGAUGCCGAAUGUUAAAAAUGACAACGUUGAUAUCAUUGAGAAACCAAGUGAAUUAUUGGAAAACGAAGAUGAAAAGAAUAGCAGCACCACUGAGUGUAAUACACAAAACACAGAUGCUUAUGUAGUUUCAUCAAAAAUUGAACCGCCAACCACUGAUGUUAAAAUAAUAGAACCAUUAGACAAAGACAAGAUAGAUCCUGAUGUUGAUGAAAAGCCAUGUGAACAGCAAGUUCUGCAGAUAUGGGACAACUUUCAAAAAUAUAAUCAAGCUAAUAAUGUUGAAACUCCAAAAACUCCACCUCCUCAAAGGCAAAGACAUGUCUGUGAAUCUGACCACGAUUACUGUUUGAUUCCAGCUGACAUAAAUGGUGAUGAUGUUUAUAACACUGAAAAGAAAAAAAGUAAAAAAUCCCCAAAAAAGAAACACACUGAUUUCUCGUCCUCAUCUAGUAGUAGCAGUGAUAGUGAUUCCAGUUGUUCAUGUGGUUCUAAUUGUAGUUGUUCUUCUAGCAGCGGUUCGUCAUCAUCAAGUACGUCAGAUUCUGAUUCAUCUGAUGAUUCUGGAAAUGAACAAACAAAUAGCAGAAAAAUGAAAAAAUUGUCCCGCAAGACACUUCAAAAUAGAAGACUCAGCAAUGGUUCAAAUGUAGAUGUUAUGGGUAUGACAGAAACCCCUGUUCUUAUACCAGAGAAAUCCGCACCUCCGAUUGCUGAAAGUGAUCUAGAAACAGAAGAAAGUGAUACAGAUGAAGAGUUUUAUGACGCAAAUCCACAAUUGAUAGCUAAUCAACUCCAUAACGAAAAACGUACUCAAAUAACAUCUUCUGUUGAACCUGCAACUGAAAAAGUUUUGUCAGGGGAGGUCGUUGAUUCUGAAAAUAUUAUGAAAAUUGAAAUAGAGGGUGUAAAAGAUAAAUCUAACAGUAGCAAGAAAAAGAGCAAAAAGAAAAAGAAAUCUAAGAGUUCUAAAAAACAUGGCCCUAUUAAAAUUAACAUUCCUAAAGAUAUUAUUACUAAUGCUGAAAUUGAAACCCCGCCGACGCUUGUACCAAAUAAGAUAACAAUUUCUCUACAGUCUAACACGGUACAAAUUCCACACGUGGCUGAGUCACCAGAUACAUCUAAGAUGUUAAAGCCAGACACAACAUCCAACGCUGGGCUGGAAAAUAAACGUGCCUCAAAACGGAGGCGCGUUCCUAACAAAUUUUAUGGCUAUUCUAGUGACGAAGAGGCCAAUACUCCAGCUGCACUUAAACCUCAACUCCCUCCUAAGCUAGAAUGGAGAAAAGAAGACUUACCUUCACCUGUUACUCAUAAAAAUAAAAAAGAGAUUUCCUCUACGGUAGCGCCACAAAAAAUAUUUAAUUAUACUGAACCAAUCAGGUUAAAAGCUCCAGUCCCGGAUCCUGAGCCACCGCGUAUUUUAAUGAAUACCGAAUCAAUGGAAUCGAGUGAUUCGGAUUCAAGUGAAGGGGCUCUAGAAAUAUAUCAGCCUAGUGCGCAAAACACAUCACUACCUCCACCAUCCUAUUUAAAUUCAGGCACUUCGAGCUUACCGUACGCGUUUCAGAGACCGGCAGCCAGAGAGGCAAAAGAAGGUGAGAGCGUGUACUGUUACUGCAGAUGUCCAUACGACGAGGUGUCUGAAAUGAUAGCGUGUGACGCCGAGGGAUGUACCAUAGAAUGGUUUCACUUCGAAUGUGUCGGUAUCAUGGUACCGCCUAAAGGCAAAUGGUACUGUCCAGAAUGUAGGAAAAAUCAAACCUUUUCAGGCUACAGAUAA